UAAUUUUGACAUCUAUUUUUUUUUUUUUACCCAUUAUGUUGGGAGUCUGAGCUGACGUCAGUGAGCGCAGCCCACUGGCGGUGGGCUGGAGCUGCGGCUGCUGCUGAUAUGUGGAGCGAUCGCUGAGCAGGACCCAGUCCGACCUUGUCUGACUCACAGCCCCGCGUCUGCGUGGCUUGCGGUGGCGUUGAAAUCUGCGGAGCCGGCCGGGAAAACCCCCUUUCAGGCGCGCACAACUUUGGCUUUCAUUCAUAUAUUCUUUUCCCGUCGCUACUCAGCUGCGCCUGGGCGAUGUGUGCACAGGAACAAGCAAACUACUCCAAGCUCUUCCGCAUAUUGAAUUUCUCUCCACAAGACGCGUCCCUGCAAGGAUUCGAGAAAUGAAGACUCCUGCGGAGACGGAACCAGGGAAUUUUUUUUUGCGGGGGGAGAUCCAGAUAGCUAUUUUUGUCUAGUUUGUUAAAUGUUUUUUUUUUUUUUUUUUCGCCCCAUGUGUGGAAUAAUACUUGCUUAGACCUCAGCAUUAACCCAGAUUUGGACGAGCCCUUGCUGUGCGUUGUGGGUCCGGUAGCGCAUCUAAUGUCGACCAGAAUGCAUUCCGUUUAGGACAAGGCUCCGAUUUAUAUACCAAGUGUCACAUUUUUAGGCAUGGCGAACGACUGCAAUCGCGACAUCGUGGAAAACUACAUCUUCCAUAAACUCUCCAAGCGGGGGUACGCGUGGAGGUUCGACGGGGUCCGGGACGACGACGCUGCCGCUAACGGAGGCUUGGGUGACCGCUCGCCGACUUUGGUGCGGCGCUGCCGCGACGCAGCGGCACCGGGGCCCGACAGCGACGGCGACCCCCGCCGCGUCCGCGCGCGGCUCUCCCAGUCCGACCCGCACGCGGACAUCCACCGGGUCCUGCGCGAGGCCGGCGACGAGCUGGAGAGACUGUACCAGCUGGACUUCGCGGAGAUGUCGCAGCAGCUGUACAUCACCAGGGACACGGCGAGGACGAGGUUCGCCGAGGUCGUGGACGAGCUGUUCCGGGACGGCGUGAACUGGGGUCGGAUUAUCGCUUUCUUCGAGUUCGGCGGCACGGUGUGCGUGGAGUGCGCGUCCAAGGAGGGCAUGUCAUCGCAGGUGGACAACAUCGCGGAGUGGAUGACGGAAUAUUUGAAUGGACCUCUUGGCAGCUGGAUACAGGAUAACGGGGGAUGGGAUGCCUUCGUGGAACUGUACGACAGACAAAAGGAGUCCAUCUUCAGCUGCUACUGGCCGUCCAUCAAGACUGUCUUCGGCCUGGCUGCGCUGGGGGCGGCCAGCAUCACAAUCGGGGCGUACCUUGCACAGAAGUGAACGGUCUUUCUCUCUCGACUCCAUCAGCUCAACUUUAUUCCUCAGCACCGGCCUUCUCCUUUUUUUUUUUUUUUUCCUUAUGCCUCCUGUUUUCAAAGAUGCCCCUGACCCCCUCAGAGACAACCUUCAGACUGAAUCUGGCUCUCUUCAAAGCCUCUCUGUGAACGCUUCUCUUCCUCUCGCUCCCUUCUGUCAAAACAGACACGAAUCAAAAAAAAAAAAAAAAACAGCAGAGGGAACCAGAGGCGCGGCCCAAAGAUGCAUCCGAGGCGUACGCACACUAAGCCCAGCGAAGCCGUGGAGGAACAAGGAGUGCAUGCCUUUUUUUUUUUUUUUCUUUAAUUUCCUGCCUGCUUCUGUACUAGUGUGUAGCAUGAACAUUUGGACCGUAGAGCGUAGGCACGCUGCGCACGUGUGAGACCUGCAUUAGGAGGGCUCGGUGAUGGAGCGGCAUCAGCAGCAGACACCUGCCCCACACACACACACACACACACACACACACACUUGUUAUAGGAUGAAGGACCCUGUUUGAGCUGUGGACUCCAGUUACCUCCCUACAGCCGUCCUUCAAAGCUCUUCUUCUGCACAGCAGCUGCUCAGAACGUGUAAUGGAAACAGCCCACUGCAGCCAGCACAGCGUGUGUCCACUGUUUUCACUCUGCACACAGCUCAGGUGAACACAUUGCACCAUAAUACGCUCUCUCUCUCUCUCCCUCUCUCUCUCCCUCUCUCUCUCUCUCUCUGGGUCUGUGAUGCAGGGAAAGGAAGCCUGAGCUCGGCUCCAAAGUUCCUUGAUUUUUUUUUUUUUUUUUUUUGUGUUAGGUUUGUUUUUCCUUGCAUGCCAAACCAAAUAAGGAGGUGUGUGUGUGUGUGUGCGUGUCCACGUGCUUUCAAGGAGCAUAAAACAAAGGUUGAAGGCAUGAUAGCAAAUGUGGAGCCGAGUGCAAAGAGAGAAUGAGUUAGAGGCUCAAUGCAUGACGCUCUCUGCAGCCUCCGCUGUCUAACCGGACAACUCUUAGGAGCGCGUUCCUCGGAGCAGUGCAACGUGAGGGUAGAUUUGUAGCUCUUCUAUCGGCACAGACAGCUUCGGCGCUCCUCACAGGGUCCGAUUGGUCCGGUUGUUGUCGUCGUCCUGCAGUUGCUGCAGCCGCUCAAUAAUGAAUGCGCUCCGACACAGACAGCUGUCUACAUGGGCUGCGUGGCACAUCUGACUGGGUGGACAUCAAGCCAGCAGCGUUUCAGUCCUGGACUCCUGUUCUCUGGAACCCGAGAUGUCCCCCCACUACCCCGGCCCCCUCAGCCCGGCCUACGGAGGCAUCCUGGGAUUGAUUUUUUAUUUUUUAUUUUUUAAUUCCUUUCAGCCUGUUUUAUUGAUGUUCGUCUUGUGUUGCAGUCUGACGGGAAAUUCCAAGUCUCCAAAAAAAAAAAAAAAAAAAAAUCUUUUGGUUGUACACAAACGCCCAGUCCUUUUAAAGGAGGGGGGGGAUUAUUAGAAUUUUCUGUCUUUGGAAGAUCUCCAACUUCUGUGUUGCAUGGAUGAAAGUCGACCUUAACACAAUAGACGCUCCAGAUGUAUAAGCGUAUUUAUAACCUAUAGCAGGCCAUUGAGUAGAAAUAACGACGAAUAAAGCUACACUUAUUUAAUUUAUUUCAAGGUACAAGAUCACGCGACUUUCAGAAUAAAGCUAGUCACUUUUGUUUUCCCUUUUUUUUUCCCCACCCCACUGGAAUCACACUGUAAACUACAUCGUUUCCUGGCUGCUAAUAUAAACAAUGUGUAGAAAUGAACCUUUGUGUUGCGUUGACGUUAGCUUCGAGGCUGCUACAUACUGUCCAGAUUACAACUUUUCCCUCACAGCUUAAACUGCCACAGAUUCACAGGAUACACGUGUAGAGAGAGCUGGAAACCAAAGUAAACUUGUACUGAUCUUUCAUUCAGAACGCAUCUUACAGAGAACACAGCGCAGUGCAAAACGUCGUCACAGUAGACACAGAAUAAAGUCGACGCUUCUUAAUUGGGAUUUUAUGGGAUGGACCAAAAUUCUGAGGCGGAAAGAAAAGGAUACGUGACAUUUUACACAGAUAUGUGUGACAUAUUCAGCCCCCUUUACUCUGGUUUCUCUAAAUAAAAUCCAGUGCAACAGGUGCAAUGUCAGCAUAAAGGAAGCCGUUCUGUGGACAUUAGUGAAUAAUGUCUAAUGCCUGUAAAUCCUGCUGCGUUUCUUGGUCUGAUGACAGACCAAAUUGUGCAGAACAGACAGCGUGCCAAGCUUUGAACGUCUCAUAAGGCACUCCUCGGUCCAUCAUCCAUCAACAUUUUUACCAACAUCCACAUAAACUGAAAGGACAGGCAUGAAGAGCCUUGAUCAGAGAAACAGCCUAGAGCAGUGAUCCUCCAGGGCCGGUGUCCCGCAACCUUUAUUUGCUGCUCUGCUUCAACACACCUGAGUCAAAUGAUAAGGACUUGGCAGGAAUCUGGAGAACGUGACUACAGACUGAGGUGCUCCAGACCAGGCACACAUCAAAAAGCGGCAGGACACCGGCCAUCGAGGGCCAGAAUUGAGGACCGCUGGUCUAGAGGCUCGUGGUAACACUGGAGGAGCUGCAGACAUCUACGAUCGGUCGCGCCAACGUUUAGUUGUGCGCGCUACAUCUCUUAAUUUUAACGGAGGGGUGCAACAAAAAAAAAAAACAUUGUUGAAAGUAAGGUGCAAGAAGUCGAGUGUAAAGUUUGUCGCAAGCGAUGUAGGGGACACAGAAAACAUGUGGAAGAGGGUGAGCUUAGAACCUUCUGGGGAAAGCUGCUGAGGACCAGAGGGAGCUUGUUUUGGAGUUUAUGGCAAGAAAGAUGGAGACGAUGCACGGCAAUCCUGGAAGAUAACCAGCUGAGGACUUUCCUCUCAGCAAGAGCCGAGAGGAACAUGUUUAGGUCAAACAAAAUGAUAAGAGUGGUCAAAAUUAUAACGGUAAAGAUCACAGUGAGAACAGCAUCCCUGUGGUAAACACGGUGGAGGCAGCAUCAGGCUGUGGUGAAUCUGGUUGAGGGUCUGUGUCAAUGCCCUCUCCAUCCGAUCCGACUGAGCUUGAGCUAUUUUUCAAAGUGGGGUGGGCCAGAAAUGUCAGCCUCUAGAUGUGGAAAGCUGGUAGAGACACGUCUCAGAAGGUUAACAGGGCUGAGCUUCAACGCACGAGACGCUUUGAAAUCCGUGCGUCGCUCUUCCUUACACUUCCCAAUUACGCACUGUGUUGUGUUGUGUUGGCCCAUCACGUAAAACCCCAAUGAAACACGCAGAGGCGUCAAAAACGUGGAGAAAUCCAGUGACUAAGGGUUACUUUUUGCAAGGCGCUGUGGCUUCAGCUCACCGAGAGGUUUGUGUGUAGUGUAACUGUACUAUAACUAUAGCCGCUUCACUUUCGUCAGCGUCGUGCUCACACAAUAACCAGUGUGUAAAAAUGUCAAACGCCAGACCUAAACCUCCUCUUUUUAACUACCACAGCACUCAGAGUGAUGCAGGCGUUUGUAUGAAACAGAGGGCCAGGAAUAGGAAGAACGAAACAGCAAUAUAUACUGUCAUUUCUUUAUAUAUAUAUAUAUAUAUAUAUAUAUAUAUAUAUAUAUAUAUAUAUAUAUAUAUAUAUAUAUAUAUAUAUAUAUAUAUAUAUCCUCUGUGCUUAAAUGAAUGUAGCACUCUCGUUGCUGUACUGUUUCAUUGUCUAUACUCUAUACACACACACACACAGAAAAAAAAAAUCCUGUAGCACUUAUUAAAAAAGAAAGUGAAUCGUGUUCCUGUUGUUUACUGCUAUAUCCACAAUAAGCUAGUGGGAUCAUAUUGUUCCUAAUAAAUCUGAUUUCUCCUGCAGUCCUGA